AUGGACGAUUGGAGGCAGCGCGCGAAGACACUGCUGGAUCAGAUUUACGCCGUGGACCCGUACUAUGUACAGAGCAACGAAUGCAAGCCGAUCGGUCAGAUCUCGUACGCGGACAUCACGGCCGGUCGUACCAGUCCAAGCUCGAGGGAUUCUAGCCCGUUCGGAAACUCGCGGGACGAGGCUGCCUCGUCGUCGCCGCCGCUCGCUGUUCAACCGGUGAAACCGUUUGUUCGGGAGCCGAUCGGCCAGCGAGCACGCGACACCUCCGCAACUCGAGUCGCGAGACCGGAGGCAACCAUCGAGGAGGAACAGACGAAGAACGAGGCCACGAGUGCGCGAAAGGAGCCCGAACCGAGGGCGCAAACUCGACGCGUAUCCAAGCUGGAUAUGCUCGACGCUGCGCCUAAACACAGACCUAAUUCGAGAAGAGCGGCUUCUGCCAGGAAAGAUCCGUCGGAGUCGGCCGAUCGACUCGUCAAGAAUGCAUCCUCUGCGGAUAAGGCGAACGUUCCGGAGAGCCCUAGGUUCACCGAACGAAACAAGGAGCCGAUGGCUUUGAAGCACACCUUGGCACUCCGAGAAGAAAGGCGAGGACGGUCGGCCAGUCCCAUCUGGAUGCCUGGUUUUGCUUCGUACGCCGAUAUUCUUCGCGGCCAAGGAAACGCGUCGCGAAGCCCUUCGGUCGAGGCGACCAAAAACGCCAAUUCGGUUAACAAGCACGCUGCGAUCGAUGCGUCCUACACGGAAAUGGAGAAAGUCGAGCUCGGUGUAUCGCGAGUCCGGUUCGAAGAGAAGAAAAAGGAGGAGGAGAACGAGGAAGAACGAAAGGUGGUGACGGAGAAGGAGAAAGAGGAAGAAGAAGAAGAAGCGGAAGUGGUAGUAGAAGAAGAAAAAGAAGAAGAGCAAAGAAAAGAGGACGCGGAAGUUGGAGAAAUUCCCGCGGAGCAAUCGAGACAACGGCCGACGAUAGAAAAUUACCGACGAGAACCCGACAUUUUGUCGGCCGGCACCGUGAAACCUAACGAAGAGACUCCAGAGACGGACACCAGGUGGGCCGACGAGCCCAUGGAAGAUUACGACGCCUUGAACGCUCAAAGUUACGAGAACGUGGCAGGACCACGACAAAUUCCCGAGGUUUACAAUUACAUUCAUCCACCGAUGCCAGAGCUAGUGGGUUUUAUCGGCUCCCAGAUCGCGUAUCCGGUGAGUUCUUACGUCUACGUGCCGACCGCACCGUCUCAACGGAUAGCUCUACCUUCUUACGACGGACGGAUAGCUUUCCCUUCGGAGCAGUACGUUGGACAGCCCGCUUACCUUCCAGAAACGGAGGUUUAUCGGCAAAACCAAAUACAGAAACAACCACAGAGACAGCAUCAUCAUCCGGAGUUGAAUAAUCACGCGAGCAACCCCUCGGUUGCGAUGCAGCACGCCGAAAAUAAACGUGUUUCUAGUCACGUGUCGGCUACCGCGAACGUUCAACCUGUCGUUCAACCGGACCAGGUCGCGCCACUCGAGAAACCCGUCAACUCGGAACUACCGCAACCUGCUUCCACAUCCGAACCAUCUACGACCACGCCAAAACUACACGCCGAGAGUAAAACGUUCUCGUACGCGCAAAUAUUAUCACAGGGUCUGAAUCCUCGCGCAACCUCGACGACCAGUUCUUCCUCGGUUUAUUCGAGCGCGACCGAACCGACGGCGACGCCGACGUUGAAACAGUCAAAGGAGCGUGCCGGGUCGCCGUCCAAGACGACAACGUUCUCGGCACGCGAGACGACACCGUUGAUGUCGCGAGAGGCAACGCGAACGCGAGAAUCCUCCGAGGCUAAACAGGAGAUCAAGCAGGAAGAAGCUACGUGGGACACGGCGAGAAAACGAGAGACGAGAAAGACUCAACAAGAAACGCAAAAAUCGAAGCCCGCGGAGAAGAAAGCUCGCAAAGAAGUCGAACAGCCGAAAGAAAAGCCUCGGAAGGAGAAGGCCGGCCUUCUCCAGUCGAAAGUGGACGAGGCGAAGAAGGAAAUUUCCACGGUGAAAUCGACUACUUCUGCUAAUUCUAAGAGCAAGGAUAUUACCGAGACUCGAAAAGAAACCAAAGCUGACGUUCCGAAGGAUAAACAGACCGACUCUCGACAGGAGAAGACAGCGGACGCUCCGCAGGGAAAUGGAUCGCAGGAGAGAAAACGGAAAACUAAGAAAAAGAAAACGGACAAGCCGUUGGAAGACGAGAUCGAAAAAGCUCUGAAGGAGAUCGAGGAUAUGGAGAAGCAAAAGUCGAAAAAUCACAGGGACAAGUCGAGGGAACAGACCAAUUCGAAAGAUGUUGCUCGCGCAAUCCCGGAGAAAGCUAAAGAGGAAAACGAGAAGAAGAACGAGCGAAAGUCCAGCGAGAAGCAGAAACAGAGCAAACCCAAAGCGGAAACGAAGGCUAAAGAUACUUCGUCACUCGUGGAAACUCCGGAGUCUCGUUCCAGCGUGAAAGAACACGUUAAAUCGGAGGACGAUGCCAGAGAAAGGAAAGACGACAGUGAUUUAUGUAAGAAAAGUGACAAGGAUGUCGAUAAAAUUGACGUAAAGGAAACGGAAUCGAACAUUGAACACGAGAAGAUCGACUCGAAGAAGUUUGAAAGAAACGUAGGUUCGACGAGUGAAACGCAAUCGGAGAAACUCGAUACGAACGAGGAAAAGUCUCCGAAAGAAUUCGGCUCGAAGAAGAAACAGAAAGGUAAGGAGCAACGGAACGCGGCGAAGGAGAAAUCUAGCAAAGAUACCGUAAAGCCAACAGAAACCGAAGAGACAAAGAAAUCGGCGUCUAUCGAUGACGCGACAAAGCUAGAAAUUCCGAAAGAAAACGAUAACAAAGCGAAGAAACGAGAAACCGAGUCGCCCAAAGAAGCCACAGAGUUCGAACCAAAGCUCGAAGCAAAGGAUAAACCUCGAUCUAAAGGGAAGAUCGUCGAUGCUAAAACCACCGAGCCGACAAAGUCUAAAGAAAAUGUCAAAGGAAAGUGUAAAAAGAUGAAACAACGAGUAACCGAACAAGACGACUCGAAGGCGAUACAGUCGUCGAAAAAAUCAAGUCAGCAAGAAGAUAUCGGUGAGGUGACGGUAGUUCGAUCUACGGAGGAAUCUAAAGUAAAAUUAGAAACAACGAAAGAGGAUGAAUCGGCGAUAAAAACAAACGAAAUUGUUGAUAUCGAGAAACUCGACGAGCCUGUAAAAUCGGAAACGCCGACUCGCGAUACUAGUACCGGUAAGAAGGAAUCGAACGACAGCCGGGUCUCUUCGCGAAACGAUCUUUCCGAAGCCACAGAUACGGCGAGGGCGAAAGUUACGGACGAAGCAAGUACCGGGGAUCCCGUAGAACAGAACGAUCGCUCGAUCGUUUCCAAAGGCAAACUCAAAAAUGAACGCGAAGCGAUUCGAAACAAAGAAAGGACUAACGGAAAUAUCGCCGAUGUAUCGAACAAAAUUGAUGUCCAAGUAAAGUCAAAAGAGACACCCGGAGAAACUGUUCCUGACGUAAAACCGACGGAAAAUAUAACAGAGUAUAUACGCGAAAGUACCGAGAAAGAAAUUAGUUUGUCUGGCUUCAGAUCGCCAUCCAAUGCAGAAACCAAUAGCAAAAAUAAAGUUAGCGGGAAAGAAAGCGAGGAAGAUCCUGUCGAAUAUCGAGAUUCCGAGCAAAAGGAUCGGAUCCCUGAAGGGACAUCCGACAAAAAGAAGAAACCGAGUAAGUUCAAGUCAAAGGAGAAAAUUGUAACCGAAAAUAUUUCGUCACCUUACGUCGUUGAAUCUAAAGAAGAAUCGAAAACCUCUCAGUCUUCCAUCGCGCAAAAGCCGGAGAAGAAAAAGAAGAAGAAACUCGAGAAGAAAGUCACAGAUUCGUCUGCGCCGUCAUCGCCGCUCGCGACUGACAAACCUGACGUUUCGUUGAUGGAACUAAACGAAAACUGUAACGCGAUGAUUGUAACCAAAGUUUCCGAAACUGGAAUCGACACGGAAAAGAUUCCUACUAACACGGACGAAUUCGCUGUUAACGAGAAUGAAGAACAAACUAGAAAACUUCCGGUGUCGGAAGAUAAGAAUAAGAACCCGUCUACGGAGACUAAAAACGACUCUAUUAAGAAAAAAUCAAAAAGACCCCGCACUGCUAACAAUAAGUCUAACGAGUCGGCGUCGAAUGUAACCAGUGAAGAGAUACCGAAAAAAGAAGAAGUCGCCGGGUUGAAUAUUUCAGACUUGAAUUCGUCGACACCGACGUCGACGACAGAAUCGUCUAUGACGACAACAGGCAAAGCGUUGAUCAUCGAAAAGAUGGUGACCACCGUGACAACUACCACCAGCAUUCCCGGCUCCGUCGAAGUGAAACCGCCCAAUGUGAAAUCCGUUAAAUCCGUAGAGAUCUUAGAAAGCAUCCCCUUACCCAAGAUCGUAGGCUCCAAACCGACCGAACUAAUUACCCUACGUCCUGAAACAGUAGAAGCUAGUCUAACCACCAGAUAUGCUAGGAUAUCGGAUGAUUCAGCCGUUGGUAUCCCCCCGAAAGGGUCGUUAGACGCGUUAGCAGACUACUCGGAGAAAUUCCAUUCCGAUUACGCGGUCUAUAUAGACAGUCUCGUCGACGACGAUCAACCGGUUCUGUUUGGUAGCGUUCAGGAUAGGAGGAGAGAUCGUUCUGGGACACCCUUGUCGCCUAAAUCGCUAGAGAGUUCGAAAGAUAAACGGGAGUUGGAUGGUGUAGCAAAGGAACAACAGCCGGAUUUGAAGUCGAGCGAAAUUAAUGUUAAGGUAGUGGAUGGUAGGAAACUUUUUAAAGAAGAAAUUAUAGUUGCCGAUCGGGAGGAGGAUGAUAUCGAGGUAACGACACAGGCUGAAAGAUCCGACGAUAUCGUAGAGUCAAAAGAGAUGGUUACGUCGAUAUCGGCAGGUGAAAAUUUCAUCGUGGAAGGAAGCCAGGAAAACGGUAAAAAUGUGGACACGAUUAUGGUCGCGUCGUCUCCAGUUGUUAAAGGGGUCGUUCGAAAAGAAGAAGAAGAUACGUUUAACGUGGGAAACGAGCCGAGAGCUUCUACAAAAAAUGUUGCCGAUUCGAAAUAUGAAGAAAAAGACACGACUACGUACUAUUACGAGGACUUGGUGAAACCGUAUUGGUUGAAUUACCAUUCUUACGUCGAAGCGGAAAGCGAUUUCCAUCGGCGCUUCAAAGUGGUUGAGUUGGUACAAGAAAACCUACCCGCUUCUACAUCUCCGAUAUCAACGAGUAUCGAGAAUAUCGUUCAAGAGUCGAUCAUGAAAAGGCCUGAUCGAGAAAAGGAAAUCGAAGAGGAGUCGAAGCUAUCCGAAGCAGACCGUAGAAAGCAUGCGCUUGUCGCCGAAUCAACUAAAUAUCCAGUUAGUAUGUUCUGCGAGUUAGAAUCCGAAUGGGUGAAGUCUAAACUGAUCGAAGAAAGAAAGCUCGCGACCUCUGCUUUUUCGGAAGAAGCUGAGAAAUGCGAUGUCCCGGUCGAAGAGAAAACUGUGCAAAUGCACCAAGACGAGAAACAACGUACGGAAUCCGAAACUCCGGAUAAAAGUGACGGAGUGAUCGAUGUAACCGAAGCAGCUCGGAAAUCGUCAGAAAUUAUUGACGAUGAAGAGAUCGUCGACAUUGCCAGGAAAAGUAUCGGAAAGAAGGAAUCGCCGGAAAAGAUUACGGACGAUAAAACAGGCCGAGAUUUGAAUAUCGCGAUAGGAGAAGAUGUGACUGCCGGUGAGUUUCCAAGUAACGUGGUAAACGAAGAAGAGAAAACUGGAUCGGAAGAAAUGAAAGUUACCGAUACGGUAGCUGUCGAAACGCAGCCCGAGGGGACAAACGUUGAAACAGAAAAAAUCACUUCUAAAACAGAGCAAGGUAUACAGAUUUUAACGGAAGAAAAAGUUCCAGAGGAGAAACUCGUCGAUGAAACUGUUUCUAAUAAAGAAAAGAUAUCUGGUACAUCUGAAGAAGAAGGUAUCGUGAAAGAAAAGUCGAUCAAAGAGGCGAGUCAAAGUGUAACGGAACAGAGAAUCGCAGCAGAGAAACCCGUUGAUACGAUUGUUUCCAAAGAAGACGAGAAGAAGACGAUUCGUCGAGUGAGCGAAAGUAAAGAUAGCGAAAUGAAAGAGGAGGAAAUGAAUUUGGAAGAGCCUAUAAAGUUUGCGCUCGGAAAAUCUGCUGUCGUAAAUGAAGGAAAAUCAACAACGGAAACGUUGUUAGACGGUAAAAUAUCGGAAAGUAUCGUAACCGAAGAGGAAAAAGGUAAAAUUGUGGACUCGGAGACUAAAGAAGAUACUCCGCCAAAAGAAGAUACGAAAACUUCAACCAAAUCGAAAAAACGAAAACACGCAGCUAAAGACAAAGCUACCGCAGUAGACAAGGAAGCAACAAAACAAACGGAUAAAAUGGAAGCUGGUUCUCCUCUAUCAAAGAAGAAACGCGACGGAAAAUCGAAAAAAGGAAACGAGGUCGCAGCUCCGAUGUCGUUUGAACUUGCUGGUUUAAACGAACAGAUGUCGGAAGUAAACGUUGAACGAGAAACUGUAACCAAGGUAUCCGAAGUGAAGAACAGGAUAGAGAAAAAUGAAACGGAGAUGAAGGAUAUUCCUGAAGAAGACGUCCAAUCGCCGGCAUUCGUUGUUGACGCGAAAGAGGCAACCGAAACGAUUGCUAGCAUUUCAACAGAAAAUGUACAAGGUGUGACGGUAAUCGAUGCGGUUCGAGAGUCGCCAAAUGAGACGCCGAGAGACGAGAAAAUAAUAGAGCGGAUAGAAAAAAGUACGUUGGACCAGUCUCAAAGUCCGUCAACGAAACAAAAACCAACGAAACGUCAAAAGAAAAAAGAUUUAAAGGUAGAAAAAAGUGGUUCCGAAAUAAAAACAUCUUGCAUCGAGAGUAAAUCCGAGAAGAAACAAGUGAAAAUCAUUACCGAAAAGAUCGAACAUUUGUCGGAGGGAGCUACCAAUGAAUGCAACGAUAAUAACAAAUCGUACGCUCAAAUAACAGCUUUCGAUCCCGAGACAUCUCUGCAAGCUAUCGAAGAUACGAUACCGAUCGGACCUGUAUCCCUUGAACUCGAUAAAAACUUUGACAAAAUGCCCGAAACCGAGGAACCUCUGCUAAAAGUAGAAACUAUCGAACUAGCUGUCGAGACGGACAGUGCUCGCGUAGAGUCAUCUUCGUGGGUAGAAGAAAUCGAAAAAGAGGCUAGAGAGGAAAUCGAUUCGAUUACUUCCUCUCUAAACAAAGCGGCCGGCGAAACCUUUCGAAAAGAAAAAGAUUCGUGGGCCUCCAUAGUUGGUAAACACGUCGGAGAAACGGAAUCUUCUGUAACGUCGAACAUCGAACAAACCGCUAUCAAAAAGGAACAAAAUUCUCAACUACGUUCUCUUCCUCGAGUACAGAUUCACGUGGAAGAAGCUCCGGAACCAGUGCCGAUCGAGAAUGUCGUUCAAGUCGACGAUCAAGGAUUCAUGGAGUUCGUAAAUCGACGAGAGCUACGAUCCAGACGAUCUAGAUCGAGAUCUCGAAGCGCUAGGCGAAACGAAACGCCAUCCUCGCCAUCCACGAAACAAUCCAAGAAUAAAGGAAAAUCGAAAACUGACAACACCGAUACGAGCCAAGAAACUAAAAAAUAUAUAGAAACUCCCGUUUCGAAAACACACGAAACCGAAGAGAAGAUUAAAUCAAAGGAAGCCGAGGAAACGCAACCAACGGUCAAAUCUGAAGAUUCGGAAGUAGCGGUUCAAAAUAAGAUAAAAACUUCGGAACAACCGAAAUCGGAGACAAGAGAGCAACCACUUAAAAGUGCUCCUAAAAAGAGCAAGAGAUCGAAGAAAGGAAAAUCUGGUAAAGAACAACCUGUAGAGGAAAGUGAAAACAAAGAACAGACGAAAGGAGCGAGCGUCGUUGAAACAAUGUCAACGGAAAACGCGGAAUCCGCGAAAGAGAAAAAAGAUACAUCGAUGGAUCAGAAAGCGGAAGAAUCAAAAAGUACGGAAAAGUAUCGACAGCAACGAAAGAUACGGUAG